AGGGGGGGGAGCUGAGGACUUAAUUAUAACAGAUUGGUGCGUGCGUGCGUAGUUGUGUGCGUGGCGAAAAGCCAAGUUACAUUAUAUUUUAAUAAUUUUAUCGCGUUUUAACCGAGUGGUCGGUUAUUAGGAUUAUUGUGUGGUUUGUUUUUCUACAUGACUGCUCAGUGGGAAAGGCCUCUGUGGUGAAAUUAUAAGGGCAGCAGCAGCAUCUCGUAGUGGUGCGUGGACCUCAGCAGGCGUGGAAAGAAAAGUGCGUUAUUGUUAGUUGACACUGAUCAUCCUCAUCCUCCUCUUCAUCUUCCGGCCUGCUGAGAAGCGAAGCCGGGAGCUGGAGUUUGCAGCGGAGGACUCGCCAUGGCGGUAAACCUGGACAAGGAAGCAUACUACCGCCGGAUCAAGAGAUUGUACAGCAACUGGAAGAAAGGAGAAGAUGAGUUUGGCAAAGUCGAUGCCAUUGUGGUGUCCGUCGGAGUGGAUGAGGAGAUCGUGUACGCCAAAUCCACAGCCAUACAGACAUGGCUGUUUGGCUACGAGUUGACAGACACCAUCAUGGUCUUUUGUGACACCAAAAUAAUCUUCCUCGCCAGCAAGAAGAAGGUGGAUUUCCUCAAGCAGGUGGCUGUAACAAAAGGCAACGAGAACGCCAACGGUGUCCCGCCCAUCACCCUGCUCACCAGAGAAAAGAAUGAAAGCAACAAGGCCAACUUUGAUAAGAUGAUCGAGGCGAUCAGAGGCAGCAAAGACGGCAAGACGGUGGGUGUCUUCAGCAAGGACAAAUUCCCCGGAGAGUACAUGAAGAGCUGGAACGACACGAUCACCGCUGAGGGACUCGAGAAGGUAGACAUCAGCGCUGUGGUCGCGUACACGAUGGCAGUGAAGGAAGAUGGAGAGCUGGGCCUGAUGAAGAAGGCAGCGGCCAUCACCAGCGAGGUUUACUCAAAGUUCUUCAAGGAGCGCGUCAUGGAGAUCGUUGACGCAGAUGAGAAAGUGCGUCACAGCAAGCUGGCGGAGUCGGUGGAGAAGGCCAUCGAAGAGAAGAAGUACCUUGGCGGUGCAGAUCCCUCCACAGUGGAGAUGUGUUAUCCUCCUAUCAUCCAGAGUGGAGGGAACUACAGCCUCAAGUUCAGCGUCGUCAGUGAUAAGAACCACAUGCACUUCGGCGCCAUCACGUGUGCCAUGGGGAUCCGCUACAAGUCGUACUGUUCCAACCUGGUGCGCACCCUCAUGGUGGACCCCCCUCAGGAGAUGCAGGACAACUACAACUUCCUGCUGCAGGUGGAAGAGGAGCUGCUCAAACAGCUCAAACACGGUGUAAAAAUCAGCGACGCCUACAACGCUGUUCUGGAGUACGUGAAGAAAGAGAAGUCAGACCUCGUACCAAAGCUGACCAAAAACCUGGGCUUUGCGAUGGGAAUUGAGUUCAGAGAAGGCUCCUUGGUUUUGAACGCUAAAAACCAGUACAAACUGAAAAAAGGCAUGGUGUUGAGUGUCAGUUUGGGUUUUGCUGACCUCGUGAAUAAAGAAGGCAAGAAGGACGAGCAGAAAAAGUACGCCUUGUUUAUCGGCGACACAAUACAGAUUAAUGAGGAAGAGGCCGCCACGAUACUCACACCAGUCAAGAAAAAGAUUAAAAAUGUGGGAAUCUUCUUGAAGAAUGACGACGAGGAGGAUGAGGAAGAUGAAGGAGACGAUGCCGAGGAGCUGCUGGGGAAGGGAGCUCGGAGUGCCGCGCUGCUCGCAGACAGAACCAGAAAUGAGAUGACGGCAGAGGAGAAGAGGCGGGCCCACCAGAAGGAGUUGGCUAAUCAUUUGAAUGAAGAGGCAAAGCGUCGCCUGACGGAGCAAAAAGGAGAGCAGCAGAUUCAGAAGGCCAGAAAAUCUAACGUGUCCUAUAAGAACGUCUCUCAGAUGCCCAGAGAAAAGGACAUCAGAGAAAUGAAGAUCUACAUCGACAAGAAGUACGAGACUGUCGUCAUGCCUGUUUUUGGUAUCGCCACGCCGUUCCACAUCGCCACCAUCAAGAACAUCAGCAUGUCUGUAGAAGGAGACUACACCUACCUGAGGAUCAACUUCUACGUCCCUGGCAGCUCUCUGGGACGACAGGAGGGAAAUAUCUUCCCCAACCCGGAUGCCACGUUUGUUAAAGAAAUCACGUACCGAGCGUCAAACCUGAAAGCUCCCGGCGACACGUCCGUGCCCUCCACCAACCUGCAGAACGCCUUCCGCAUCAUCAAGGAGGUACAGAAGCGCUACAAGACGCGAGAGGCCGAAGAGAAGGAGAAGGAGGGCAUCGUCAAGCAAGACUCGCUGGUCAUCAACCUCAACCGGAGCAACCCCAAGCUCAAAGACCUCUACAUCAGACCAAACAUCGCACAGAAGAGAAUGCAGGGCUCAGUGGAGGCGCAUACUAACGGUUUCCGUUUCACGUCAGUCCGCGGAGACAAAGUGGACAUCCUUUACAACAACAUCAAACACGCCAUCUUCCAGCCGUGUGACGGGGAGAUGAUCAUCGUACUGCACUUCCACCUCAAGAACGCCAUCAUGUUCGGUAAGAGGCGCCACACGGACGUCCAGUUCUACACGGAGGUCGGCGAGAUCACCACAGACCUGGGCAAACACCAACACAUGCACGACCGAGACGACCUGUACGCCGAGCAGAUGGAGCGGGAGAUGAGGCACAAGCUCAAGUCAGCCUUCAAGAACUUCAUCGAGAAGGUGGAGACGCUCACUAGAGAAGAGCUGGAGUUCGAGGUGCCCUUCAGGGACCUGGGGUUCCAGGGCGCCCCCUACAGGAGCACCUGCCUGCUACAACCCACGUCCAGUUCCCUUGUCAAUGUCACUGAAUGGCCACCGUUUGUGGUGACUCUGGACGAGGUGGAGCUGGUCCACUUUGAGCGUGUGCAGUUCCACCUGAAGAACUUCGACGUGGUCAUCGUCUACAAGGACUACAACAAGAAGGUCACCAUGAUCAACGCCGUGCCCGUCAACUCCCUCGACCCCAUCAAGGAGUGGCUCAACUCAUGCGACAUCAAGUACACAGAGGGAGUCCAGUCUCUGAACUGGACCAAGAUCAUGAAGACGAUCGUGGACGACCCUGAAGGCUUCUUCGAGCAGGGAGGCUGGUCAUUCUUGGACCCAGAGAGCGAGGGAAGUGGCGCGGAGGAAGAUUCGGAGUCGGAAAUGGAGGAUGAAACGUUCAACCCGUCUGCAGAUGAAGAAGAGGAGGAGGAGGAAGACAGUGAUGAAGACUACGACUCGGAGACAGAGGACUCUGAUUACAGCGCGUCAGUUGGCAGCGAGGAGGAGAGCGGUAAAGACUGGGACGAGCUGGAGGAAGAAGCCAGGAAAGCUGACAGAGAGAGCCACUACGAGGACGAGGACACCGCCGCUGCCUCUGCCACCAAGAAGAGAAAGGUCCGGCCAGCAGCCCCCCCGCCCAGCAGCAAGAAGAAGCGACGAUCCUAAAUGUGUCUGUGUCUCUCACACACACACACACACACACACACACACACACACACACACACACACACACACACACACACACACACACACACACACACACACACACACACACACACAGCCAAACCUAGUUGUCCCUCGACCCUUCCUUCUACCCCAACUGGCUCUUUUGACUCAUACACUUCACACACAACACACAGGCCCAGACGCACACAACGUGUAUAUAGACGUAGAAGCCCCUUAUUUUCGUGUUGGUCGGUGAAGUGUCAUGUUGAAAUGGUAAGAAAGAACCAGCAGGACGGGGACACACACACAUACAAACACACACUUCAUUCAUUAGCUUUUCCCCCCUCUUCAUUCCUUCCUCAUUCUCCACCUCCCAUCUCCAUCCAUCAGGGUUUUCGUGUGUGUGUGCGUGCGCGCGUGUGUUUAAAUGGGUUUUUAUUGCAAGCAUUGUUUAUUUUCUGUUUGAGGAAAAAAAGACACGUUUCUUAACUAAUGGAUAAUAAAAGACUUGACAUAUCCUCCGCCAAGUGUUUUAUAUAAAAACUGAAGCUUUUCAUUUCCCCAGAUCGCCUCUCCUCCCCACUUCUUUGUCUACGUUUCACUUUCCCUUUGUUUGUUGAAUUGUCAUAACGAGAUGGAACAUUUCUUCUUUUGAGAGGGGGGUAUACAUUUUCUGAUUGUCUUUUUUUUAAAUGGGGUUUGUAAAUGCACACACACAUACACACCAUCUCCCUCGCACUUGUCCUUCUCUUUGCUCCCUUUUUUGUUCAUUCUGAGUAGAUAUGUUGUUGUACUGUUUAAUUCUGGAAAAACCUGUUUUUUUUUUUUUUUGUAAUAAAACUAAAAGGAACUGUA